UUCUUGAAAUCUUAACUUUACAUUCAGCCUUGUGUUCAUCACAGUGGUUCAAAGGUUGGUGUGAUAUAACAAGGCACAGAGGAGAAUGGUAAAGCAUGUUAAUGUUUUCUUCUGGCCUUAAAAAAUAUGUAUCAACAUAAGAUAUAAUUUUCUCACUUCACAUCACACAUCUGCCUAAUGAUGCAACACAUUAUGAGCCUUGAAAGAAAAAUACAUCUUCCCACAAUUUUUAAAGAUAUUAGUCACUCAUAAAAGUGAUUCUUGGAACCUGAUUGAUGAUUCACUGAUUUGUUUGUAAAUGACCAUGAAGCUACUGUAUGAGCUAGGAGACACAAACCAAAAUAGAUCUGCAAUAACAGUGACAUUACCCAAGUAAGCCUUUAAAGGUGCUGGAUGCAGAUCUGAAGAAGAAGGGCCCCUUACAGUCUGUGAAGCAAAACCAGUCCCCUUACUGUGUCUUUGGACUCACUGGGCAUCAGAACUGAGAAGACCAUGGACGUGUCCAGUCCCAGGACUGAAGCUCCUUCAAUGGAGCCCAGUGCCAAGCUGUUUUGCUGUCGGCUUGUGAGGCGUUGCAUACCCCUGGUAUACAGAGAAGAGCUAUAUCAGAUCCUGCGCAUGACUGGACCCCUGCUUGUGUGUCGGUUCCUAAAUUUCCUCCUUUUGUUUGUGGUGACAAUGUUCUGUGGACGCCUGGGGAACACUGUGCUAGCAGGCUACGCCAUGGCCUCAGCUACAAUAAAUGUAACAGCUGCAGCGACGGGGCUGGGAAUAGCUUUGGCAUGUGACACAUUGGUAUCACAGACUUUUGGGAGUAAGAAUCUGCUUCGUGUAGGUGUCAUUCUGCAAAGAGGCAUCUUGAUUCUGACGCUGUUUAGUUUGCCCUGCUGGGCUUUGCUUGUAAACACCCAGCCUCUCCUACUACUACUGGGGCAACACCCCAAAGUGGCCAGGAUAGCACAGCUCUAUGUGGUUGCAUAUCUACCAGCAAUUCCGGCCAUGUUUCUGUAUCAACUGCAACUAUCAUAUCUUCAAAACCAGGGUGUGAUAAAGCCUCAGAUGUACGCAGCUGCAGUUGCAAAUGUUGCUAAUGUGAUUGUGAACUACGUUUUGCUAUACUGGUGGGACUUUGGAGUUUAUGGGUCUGCUGCAGCGAACAGCUUUGCUCAGGUUUUUAACUGUUUUGCCCUGUUUUGUUUCAUUCGCUGGCAAAGACUUCAUGAGAAGACUUGGGGGGGGUGGUCUUCUGAGGCCCUGCAGGACUGGGGGUCUUACAUGAAGCUGGCCAUUCCCAGCACACUCAUGACCUGUUUUGAAUGGUGGAUCUAUGAGGUUGGAGGAUUCUUGGCAGGAAUGUUGAGCGAGGUGGAUCUGGCUGCUCAACACGUGGUUAUAAUGCUAGCGUACAUCAACUACAUGAUUCCAUUAGGAAUGCAAGGUGCCGCAUGUGUUCGUGUAGGUAACGCACUUGGCGCUGGGGAAACAGCUGCAGCUAUCCUCACCAGCAAAGUGUCUCUUAUCUGUGCAGCUGUACUAGCAAUCAUUCAAGGUCUUGUCCUGGCCUCAACAAAAACAGUCAUUGGAUUUAUUUUUACCUCAGAUGUGACCAUAGCAGAGCUUGUGUCUCAGCUACUGAACAUCUACUGCCCUCUUCAGUUCUUUAAUGGACUACUGGGUGUUGGCAUGGGCAUUCUCAUUGGCACAGGGCAACAGAAAAUAGCUGCUAUUGCUAACCUUUUUGGUUACUACUGUAUUGGACUCCCAUCAAGCAUCGUUCUGAUGUUCACAGCCAAGCUGCAAGUAGCUGGCUUUUGGUUGGGCCUCCUCAUUGCAGUGUUUUUGCUUGCAAUUUUUUUCAUCAUUGCCAUCUUUAAAUUAAACUGGAAGAAAAUGACAGAAGAGGCAAUCAAGCGAACAGGAAAGAGUGCAAAUGGAGAAGUAAAUGGAGUAAUGACCUCCAACCCUGAAUUUUGUUCAAACCACCGAAACAGUUUCUACCAGGUGGUCCUGAAUUCAGAGAAUGGGAAUGGAUACAUGGUUGUGAGCUCUCAUGAUCAGGAUGAGGGACAAAACAUUACUGUGGUACAGGAGGGCUCAAUAGUGGAGGAAAAGGAAGAAAAACCCCCGGUGCUGCUCUCUACCUCUCAGCUCAUCCUAAGGAGGGGUCUGAUUACCCUCGCUUCUGUUCUCAUCCUAGCUGUAGGGAUAGCAGUUCAUUUCAUUGUACCAUUGCCUGAGCUGCCUUACAGUGCAGGUGCAAACAUCACUUUAGACUGGAAUUGUACCACAGCCACCACUCCUAUUCAACUAUUAUAAUUUGAAACCAGCACCUCAAGGGCAGAUGACUCACUGUGAACAUACAUUUCUAUACUGUAGAAUGUGAGGUUUAGUUUUAUUUUUACUAAUGAAACAUCAAUAAAUGUCUGGAGCUUUUUAUUUAAAAAUCAUGAAUCCAGGACGUGCUGAGUGACUCCAGUCAGGCUUCCUAAGCAACCAAUUGGCCCAGUUGCUAGGGUGGGUAGAGUCACGUUGGGUUAACCUCCUCAUGGUUGCUAUAAUGUGUGGUUCUCGCUCUUGAUGGGGUGCUUGAUGAGAUGCCGCGGAGUGAGGUGAGUCACUACGCCACCAUGAGGACUUAGAGCACAUUGGGAAUUGGGUAUUCCAAAUUGGAGAUAAAUAAAAAAAAAUUUAAAAAAAUCAGAGGCCAUUAGAAACAUCCUCAAUAAAUAUUCUAGGCUGAUUUGGCAGGUAUUUACAUUAAAUUAGGUGCUGCAUACUAACAGGACAGAGUCGGAGCAGAGUUGAGGUAGAUGCUUACAAGGUGUUAUCGUGAGUGCAUUUACUUUAUCCACAUCAUUAUGUCAGAACUCAGAAUAAUAAGACAAUAAGAAAAAUGGUCUGUUCCCCAGUGAAACAGACAUAAAAUCUCUUGAGUUGACAUUUCUAGUCAGGCAGCUGCUUGAGAAAGAUAUGGCCAACAAUAAGAUAUUCCACAAAAUUUACGUCAAAUCAAACAAAUCCAGAUUGUUGGUGUUUGGGGUUAUUUGACCCUGCCUUGACUUGGCAUCUUUUUUGGAAGUAAGCAAGAUCAAUAAAGAAAUAUUUGAACA